GACAUCGACGGUGUUGGGCAUAAGUAUCAUCUGGAAUUGGUGCUGGAAGACGUCCUUGACAGAGACGCUACUGUUAACUGCACUGCUGAGGUUCUUUAUCAUCUGGGCAACCAAAACAUUGCUCCAGAUGUGCAGUUCACACUGGAAGGAGAACUUAAGAACACCGAUGACGCAGACAACAUAUUCUACAAUCGAAUCAAGAGCCUGGAAAAAGAGCUCGUGGCAGAAAACAUACCAGACAGCCACGGCAACGUGUCCCCAGAGAUGGAGCCCAUCCGCCUGCUAGCGUGGGUCGCCUCUGGCUACGUGAUAUGGCAGAACUCGACGGAAAACACAAAGUUCCAACUUGCCCAGAUCAAACGCGUGAAGCAAGUGAAAAGAAGCGAUGAAUAUCUUGAAUUUGACUACAUGAUUCUGCUUCACGAAAUGGUGUCCCAGGAGGUCAUUCCCUGGCAAAUGACAGUUCUCUGGCGCCCACAGCACGGCGUUCAGGUCACGCAGGACAGCCGACAGCCGCGCCACGGAGCAGAACAACGCACCGCCUGA